AUGACUGUUCUUCAUACACACAACUCCAAGAAUCUACCAACAAACGAACCUAUGCUCUUGGAUUUGGAAACAACGAUGGCCAACGAUUCCUUCACCAAUGAUCUCGAGUCGUCUGCCACUCAAACCCAAGACGGAGAAGCACUGGACCUGCAAGAUUUUCAGGCGAGAUUGGAAACAUCUAUCGGAAACAUCCAGGCUAUGGUCGACUCUUGGCUGCCCAAGGAACUGCAAACUAAGAGUGCCCUGCCUUCGGAAUCUGCUGCUCCUCUCGAUCUCAAUUUUUCGAGGCCUAGGAACUCCAAAUUGGGUCUAGGAUCCAGCGCACCGAAACAACCCCCCUCACGAUUAACGACUUCCAAACUCUAUAGUCAGCUGACGAAGAAGGCGAAGAACGAGGGCGAGGCUGGUAAGCCGGUAGGACAGAGCUCCGCAAUCAACCACAAGGAGGUUAGCGACGAAGAGGAAGACAGUCGGACGUCGACCUUGAGCAAGAAACGCCCCGCUCCUCCAUCGAACAACCCUUCUUCGUCGUUCUCCCUUCUCCAACAGCCCCCCAAGAAAGCCUGCAAACUCGCCGCCUCCUUGAAUCCUUCCUCCUCUCUCCACGAGGCUCAAAACCCACCAUCAAAACGCCGCAGAAACCGCAAAAAGAAAAAACCGAGCUCCGCCUGA